AAGAGCCGGAGGGAGCCCUCGUUCGGUGAUCCGAGCUACGAUGGAUGCGGUGGAUUCUGGAGAGGCCUUCGAUCUCGAGGCCAAGCGCAGGGACGACGACUCUUGGCAUCCCUGCCGCAUCACCUUGAGUUCAAAUAGUGCUGUCUUUCGUAUUAGUUUGAACUUUGAAAGUUGUGAUGAGGAAGAUGUCAUCUCAAGCAGAGAAGACUUGAUGGGGCGUCUGCGAUUUCGCUCCAACCCUGUACAGGAUAACUGCUCUCAUCUUAGGGGAGGAGAAAAAGUCCUUGUCAUGAACAUUGUGCAGUCUAAGUGCUUCUACUUUGAUGCCGUUAUAGAAAAGGCAUACAGGGUGAGACACUCACGCAGGUUGCACUGCAGAUGCACUUUUGUGGUCAAAUGGCUUGUACCUAAGCUGAAGGGGAUAACAAUAAAUGUUCCAUCUAAGUCAAUUAUGAAGCUUUCAGAUAAAAAAAUUGAUAGCCACCCAGUAGUAGCUGCAUUCUUGGCUGCUUUGAAACCUAUACCUGAUGUGAAAGUUCUUCCAUUCCUUAAUUCUUUAGAGGAAGCUACCUGUGAGGCUAACCUCCCUCAAGAUCUGGAAAAGCAAGUAGAGAUGAUUAGCAAAUUGGCUGAUGGAUCUGAGCCCUCAAAAGAUGUACUGUCGAAAUGUAAACAAGCUAAUUCUGUGAGACGAAGAAGGAGCACUAUUACGUCAGAUACAGUUUCACUCAUAAAUCAAGGUAACUCUAGAAGAAUCACCAGGAGCCAGACCAAAGUCAAUGCAGAACUUGUGAAGCAUUGCGAUAAUGCUCCUCUACUCAAUCCUCUUGCUGCUCAAGCAGCACUUGCUUCCUUAGUGCAUGGACAGCUAGCAGAUAAGCAAGAAUCUUCCAUCUUUAGGUUACAAGAUUGCCUAUCAGACCUACCCUUAAAUGUUGAAAAGAAGCAAGACGAUCAUCUGUAUCUGGAGGUAGAAGCUACUGCUAUCCAAUCCAUUGCCUGCACCAUGGAUGAUGUUAUUGAACUUCCAAAUAUUGUCCAAGAAGUGACCAAACAAAGACUAAUCAAAGACUUGAAGUUGAAUAGCUCAAUCGCUAUCAGUAGAGGGGAUGUUGUUAAGUUUUUUCCUGAUGAAUCUCCAUACUCAGUCACUUUGAACAAAAAAUCAGGCAGAGAAUCUAAUGAAUCAGAAAUUGGGUGCCUAGUUUCCUCUGCUACCAAGGACCAUCCAACGAAGUUAGCAAUAAAAGGGAAGUUGAAUGGUGGCGGAGUUUCGACACGAUUAACUCGUUCAGGUGUAAAGAGACGAAUAUUUGAAUCAACUGAGAAAGAGUCUUCAAAUGAGAAGUUCCCCAGUCUAGUAAGCACAAAAUUGUCAUGUUCUGGCCCACAAAUAUUGACAAAAAUCAUAAACCAAUACCAGGGUUCUGGAGAGAGAAACGAGAUAAUAGAGAUAGUAGAUCUUGAUGCAUCCGAGGAUGAUGAAAGCAGCAAGAGGGAAUUGGUCUUCACAUCUAUGGAAACAAUUAUUGAUAGGACACAAGAAAGGAAGAAAAGACCCAGAAGAUCAAGUGUCAAAUUUAUUGAAGUAGAUCAAGCUGUGGUUUUUAUAGGUGGAGAAAUAUCUCAACCUAAGAAAAAGAGAGAAUCUUCAAAGAAGCCUAUCCCGAGAUUUUCACGACGGCUUAGACUCCUUCCUGGAUCUCGCUCGCAGAGUUAAGCAGCCUGCUGAAGAACUCAUUGAUGGUCGAUAUGUAAGACUCAAACAAAAGUUUGAAACCCCACAACUGCAGCUCUAACAUGUGGAUGAAGGAAUUACUUGUAUCUUUGAUACCUUCACCGGAAAUUAACUAAGAUUAUGUUUAAUGCAGUCCAUGUUUUAGAUACCUUCUCAACUGGUUAUACAUGUUCUUGAUAUCAAAGUUUGAUUCUUCCA